UUGGCUUUCUCUCCUAACCCUCUUUCUCUAAGCGUACCCGAUCCUGCUUUCGAAUCUUGGUUCCGAGACUCCGGUUAUCUCGAGCUCCUCGAUCACCGCACAUCCGCUGCAGCUGCCGCCGCUUCCUCCUCUGCACCCGUAUCAACCUCGGCUGCCGCAACUUCCUCUGCCUCCGAUGAUGUCGUUUCCUCCAUUACCGGUGGUUUCUUUGCUUCUCUCUUGUCUCGGCUCGUCACUGUUUCUUCUCUUCUGACUAUCAACCCUUUCUCCAAGCUCUCCGCCGAUGACUUUUCCGGAGAUACGCCACCGUGGACCACCGGUUUCUUUGGCAAUUGCGACUCUUAUUCGUUCCCGUCGUCUUCUCAGCAAGCGAGGAUGAGAGUUCAUGAGAAUAUCAAACGAUUCGCUAGGAAUUACGCUACCCUCUUCAUCGUCUUCUUCGCUUGUGCACUGUAUCAGAUGCCACUUGCAUUGGUGGGAUUGUUAGCAAGCUUAGCACUUUGGGAGCUUUUCAAAUACUGUAGUGAUAGAUGGAAGUUUGAUCGUCACCCUUCCAUGAGGAAGUUCUCAAUCGGUAUUGGUCAGUGUGAAACGAGGAAAAUGAGAAAUGCGCUUGAACCGUUAAAUCAAGAAAUUUAAUUGGAAGAAUGCACAACAAUCAAUUUCUCCGUUGAUGGGAAUGUUCAUUGUUUUUUGGAUGAGAACGCCAUUAAUCUCGUCUUCUCUUUCUCAAAAAUCCAACUCUUGGUCUAUCUGCUUCACGCUGAACAGGCUAGCCAAGGUUGCUUUCACUCGGGAGUUUCAAACGGAGGGGUCUCAGUCUUUGGCUUGUGGUCCUAUGUUUUCCGGCUACGCGACCACUAUCCUACGCCGGAUGCUGGCAGAGAGGAGAAUUAGCAGCUUUCAGGUGGAGAGUCAGAGAAAGAAAGAGAAGCUGGAUAAGACACUAAAGGGUCUGUGUGUUACUGGGAGGUUGAAAGAAGCUGUUGGGUUAUUGUGGCGUAGCGGGUGGUUGCAAGUCCAGCCUGAGACUUAUGUUGUGAUGUUGAGGACUGUGAGAAUAGGCCAGCAGGGGUCAAAGCUACAAAGGCAAAAAGAAACAAUGCUCAGUCCACAAACACGAAGAGUCUUGCUGAGUAUAAGAUAAUGAAGAUUAAUUUUAAAAUUUCUAUGUGUUGAAUAAAAUGUUUGUUUUUCUUUUCA